AAAACAUAUCUGGAGCCCACUGCAAUGAAUAAUUGUUUAUUCAUAUUUAUUUCUAAAGCCUUUACACAAUAAGCGCAAACAACGACCUCUUCCGAACCUCGAAGUGCAAGCAGAACCCCACUCGAAAUCUGGUGCCUGCAUUGUUCUAAUCCCAUGGCGUCCAUUAUAUCUCCUUUCCGACGGGGCUACAGGCAUCUGCAAUACCUCGCACAUGAACAACCAGUCAUCUUUUACUCUUGCGUCCUCGGGCUCGCGGGACCAGUUCUUGCUCUGAGCGUGCCUCCAAUCAGGAGGAACUGGUUCGGAUAUACUCCCGCACAGCCUAUACCUACCACAUAUCCUGUGCCGAAACGACCGAGAAAACCUGUACAAGGCUAUGAGGACGAGUAGAGUAAUUGAUGGUUGGGCUAGAAUCAUAGAUAGUUCUUGUUAGCCAUUUCAUUAUAUCACGAUAUAUCGACUGCCAUACGUAUGUAUUAGGCAAGCCAUCGGAGUAUCCUAUCAUCGCCUUGACCAAAUACCAUGAGUUUACUCGCGAGAAUACACUAAUGGUAUGUCAGUCAGUGCGAGCCUAUGUCCGCGAUACCUUUGCACUGUCACCCGCACUACCAAUUACGUCGAAUGUCCAUUUCCGUGCUUGAGAGGCGC